CCUUACUUAGCCGUGUGCUCAAUUUAACAGAAUGCCUCACUCAUUUGGUCUCCGCGCUCGCACCCGCCACAUGUUCUCGCGCAAGUUCCGCGACCAUGGUGCUAUCCCCUUGUCUACCUACUUGACCAUCUACAAGACCGGUGACAUCGUUGACAUCAAGGCCAACGCCGCUGUCCAGAAGGGUAUGCCCCACAAGUUCUACCACGGUCGCACUGGUGUCGUCUACAACGUCACCAAGUCCGCUGUUGGUGUCAUCAUCAACAAGCGUGUUGGCAACCGCUACAUCGAGAAGCGUGUCAACAUCCGUGUUGAGCACAUCAAGCACUCCAAGUGCCGUCAGGAGUUCUUGGACCGUGUCAAGGAGAAUGCCCAGAAGAAGCAGGCCGCUAAGGAUGCUGGUGUUAUCGUCAGCAUGAAGAGAGCUCCCGUCCAGCCCCGCACUGCUCGUUACGUCUCCACUGUCAAGAACGUUCCCCAGACCAUCACUGCCAUCCCUUACGAGACCCUUUUGUAAGAAGGCAUAUUUUUCGAUUGCUGUCUUUGAGUGCAUUUGUUCUAUGGCUAGAUGUUGUGUAAUAAAUGAAUGACCAUUUUAAAAAAUAAUAAUAACAUAAGAGUUGUUGUAUGAUGUGUGUACACAUUUGUGAAAUGUCUGUUUUUGUUUAUGUAAUUUUGUGUAUAAACGGGCUUCUUUAAACACAAAAGUUCUUGUAUAAAUCAUGUAUUUUAUUUCUCUGUU